UCGGUAUGUCGGUUAGGGGAGACAAGUGAAGGUCGUGAUUUUCAGUACUGGCAGUAAAUUUCGGAACGCAGCCUCCAUAGUGAUGAUCAUCAGGAUCAGACAAAAAGAGAGGAACAUGGCGACGUGGUGUAGCGCAAGUUGUUUUUGAUUUCAUCAUUUACAAGUAAUCGGAGUACAUACGAGGAAAACUUCAGUUUACUGGGCUGAGUAGGUAACGAAGCAUCCGAAACGUGACAUAUAUCGUACAAAAAUGAAUUAUAAUCAUUCGAACGCACGCCGAGGAAAACCAAAGAGAUUAUUAGAUCCAUUGGCUGGUUUAUCUGCACCAACUCAUCCAAUGGCACAGAAUCCAUAUAUGUAUAAUCAACAGAUGCCCAUGAAUAAUGGUGCAAUGCCAGAAUAUGGCUUCAAUAUUCCUGGACAGGGACCACCUCCAUAUGGAUUCAAUCAACAGAUGCCAAAUUAUCCACCAAGUGAUAAUCAGGGAUCAGAGCCUGCAUUUGCAAGUCCUCAAUUCGCAACACAAUUUUUGGCUCAGCCAGUUGUUACAGACAUGGCUGUACAAUAUGGAAAUGCAUUGGUUGGUACCGGAAGACAGCAUCUUGAAAAAUAUGUGCCAGUUACAGCAUUGAAAUAUUACUUUGCUGUAAAUACCGAUUAUGUCUUCGCAAAAUUAAUGCUGUUGUUCUUCCCAUUUACACAUAAGGAUUGGUCUGUAAAAUACGAGCAAGAUGUACCAUUGCAACCGCGAUAUGAAACUAACGCACCAGAUAUGUAUAUUCCUACGAUGGCGUUUUUCACAUAUGUUGCUACGGCAGGAUUAGUCUUAGGUAUGCAGGAACGUUUCACUCACGAACAACUAGGUAUACUAGCUAGCUCCGCUCUCGCUUGGGGUGUGAUCGAAUUACUCGUUCAUACUGUGAGUUUGUAUGUGAUGAAUCUCCAAACGAGUCUAACAACAUUGGACUUGUUAGCAUAUUGUGGUUAUAAAUACGUUGGCAUUAAUGCAGCACUGUUGAUAUCGUUGCUAUUUCGAAAGUUUGGUUACUACAUGAUCUUACUGUACUUCAGUGUUUCUCUAGCUGUCUUUCUAAUGCGAUCUUUAAAAUUAAGAGUCAUUCCACAAGGCCAUUCAUACACAGCCUCUGGUAAUAAGAGGCGGCUUUACUUUAUAUUGUCUUUAGCUGGUAUGCAACCUGUUCUAAUGUGGUGGCUGUCGUAUUACUUAGUUUAAAUAAUAAGUGCAAAAAAAAUCUAUAAAACAGCGAGAGGAAAAGAAAGAGAAGAAAAUGUAUAUUUAUUAUUUGGCUACUAAUAUCACAUGUACAUUUUUUGUAAUAAAAUCCAAUACGAUUAUAUUACCAUUUAGAUA